AUGUCUUGGGAGACAAUGAAAGCCACUUUGUAUUUGGAUGAUGGAUCGAAAUUCCAAGGGCACAUCUUCGGCGCCACGAAGAGCACCGUUGGCGAGAUCGUUUUCCAAACGGGUAUGGUCGGCUAUGUGGAGUCGUUGACGGAUCCGUCGUACGCGAAACAACUUUUGACGCUCACCUAUCCACUCAUCGGCAACUACGGAGUGCCCGAUCCGUCCAAGAAAGACGAAUUCGGAUUGCCAAAAGGCUUUGAAAGCGAUCGGAUCUGGCCGGCAGCUUUGAUUGUUGACAGGAUCUGUCCUGAGGGAGAGGAAUCGCAUUGGGAAUCAUUUUCUUCGUUAUCGACGUGGUUACGCAAAAAUGGAGUCCCAGGCCUUGCUGGAAUCGACAUUCGACAAUUGACGAAGAAGAUCCGCGAACAGGGAACGAUGAAGGCAAAGAUUGUCAUCGAAACGGACGAUGCUGAGAAAUUCGACUACAUUGAUAUCAACGCCGAGAAUCUCGUGACCGAGGUGUCGAGAAAGGAGCCCUCAAUCUUCGGCACAGGUCAACUGAAAGUGUUGGCAGUGGAUUGCGGAUUGAAAAAUAAUCAAAUCCGUUGUUUAGCGAAGAGGGGAGUUAUCGUGAAAGUCGUUCCCUGGGAUCAUCCGAUCGACGAGGAACAGGACUACGAUGGCCUCUUCCUCUCAAAUGGCCCCGGUGAUCCGGAAAAGUGCUCGAUUCUCGUCAAUCGAAUCGCGAAAAUCAUCGAAAAGGGAGAGAAACCGAUUUUCGGAAUCUGUCUUGGACAUCAAUUGUUGGCCAGGGCCACAGGGGCCACCACGUACAAGUUGAGAUACGGUAAUCGAGGCCACAAUCAGCCGUGCACCCACCAGGGCACCGGCCGUUGCUACAUCACCAGUCAGAAUCACGGUUUUGCGGUUGACGAGAAAACGCUCAGCGCCGACUGGAGGCCCUUGUUCGUCAACGAAAACGAUCAAACGAAUGAGGGCAUUGUCCACAAGACGAAGCCCAUGUUCAGUGUCCAAUUCCAUCCUGAACACACCGCUGGGCCAACCGAUUGCGAAUUUCUCUUUGAUAUCUUUAUCGAUUCAGUGAAAGCAGCAAAGGGAGGGAGAUUGAUUUGCGUUGAUGAAGUGAUCACUUCAACACUCACCUAUUCGACUGACUACAAAGUGAAUGAACAAAAAAAAGUGCUCGUUUUGGGAUCUGGAGGAUUGACGAUUGGACAAGCCGGAGAAUUUGAUUAUUCUGGAGCACAGGCUUUGAAAGCUCUUCGCGAAGAGGGAAUUCAGUCAGUUUUAAUCAACCCGAAUGUGGCCACCGUUCAAACGAUCAAAGGAUUUGCUGACAAGACGAAUUUCCUAGCAAUUACGAAGGAGUAUGUAACUGAUGUGAUUAAAAAAGAGCGUCCUACCGGCAUUCUCUGCACUUUUGGUGGCCAGACAGCGCUCAAUUGUGCCAUCGAUCUUUACAAAGACGGCGUCUUCGAUCAGUACAAUGUACAGGUGCUUGGAACCCAGAUUCAAACGAUCAUGAACACUGAGGAUCGAGAGAGGUUCAACUUCGAAAUGCAAUCCAUUGGAGAACAAGUGGCGCCAAGCAAAGCCGCUACGACACUGGAAGGAGCGAUUGAAGCAGCCGAACAGCUCGGUUACCCGGUGCUUGUCCGCGCCGCGUAUUGCCUUGGCGGACUUGGCUCAGGCUUUGCGUCGAAUCGAGUCGAGUUAGAGGAGAUCACGAAGAGAGCCCUUGCCGCAUCGAAUCAAGUCUUAAUUGACAAAAGUCUGAAGGGAUGGAAAGAGAUCGAGUACGAAGUCGUCCGCGAUGCCUAUGACAAUUGCAUUACCGUGUGCAACAUGGAGAAUAUCGAUCCUUUAGGCAUUCACACAGGAGAAUCGGUGGUCGUCGCUCCGUCGCAAACCCUCAGCGAUCAAGAAUACAAUAUGCUGAGAACUUGUGCGAUCAAGGUCAUCCGGCACCUUGGCAUAAUCGGCGAGUGCAACAUCCAGUACGCGCUCGACCCAGACUCGUUGCAGUACUACAUCAUCGAGGUGAACGCUCGACUCUCGCGCUCGUCGGCACUCGCCUCGAAAGCCACCGGCUACCCACUAGCGUAUGUGGCCGCGAAGCUGGCAUUAGGACAGCACUUGCCAGUGAUCAGGAACUCGGUCACCGGGAAAACGACGGCUUGCUUCGAGCCAUCACUCGACUAUUGUGUGGUGAAGAUCCCGAGAUGGGAUCUCAGUAAAUUCGCGCGCGUGUCCACGCAGAUCGGCUCCUCGAUGAAGAGUGUCGGCGAGGUGAUGGGCAUUGGCCGCUCAUUCGAGGAAGCUUUCCAAAAAGCGCUGCGAAUGGUCAGCGAUUCAGCCGACGGCUUCAGUCCCGAUGUGUUCCCGAGGCUGCCAAUCGAUGAGGACCUUUCCUGUCCGACUGACAAGCGAAUGUUUGCGAUCGCCCGCGGAAUGUAUUACGGUGAUUUCGAUGUCGAAAAAACCUACGAGCUAACGAAAAUCGACAGAUGGUUUCUGCAUCGAAUGUUCCACAUCAUUUGUAUCAUGAAACGACUCAAAGAGCUCUACAAUGCAUCCAGUGUACAGUCAAAGCUCUUUGAGCUUGACAAAGCGCUCCUGCUCGAAGCAAAGCAAGCCGGCUUCUCCGAUAAACAAAUCGCGAAGAGGAUUGGAAGUACCGAUUGGGCGGUGCGCGAUCGCCGGACCAAACUCGACAUCCGCCCGUGCGUCAAACAGAUCGAUACAGUGGCCGGCGAGUGGCCAGCCUUCACGAAUUAUCUCUAUCUCACAUACAACGGCUCCGAGGACGAUCUCAGCUUUGAUAUGAAAAACUCGGUGAUCGUGCUCGGCUCGGGUGUCUACCGGAUCGGCUCUUCCGUUGAGUUCGACGCCUCGUGUGUUGCCUGCCUAAACGAGUUGAAGACUUUAAAAUACAACACGAUCACCAUCAAUUGCAACCCGGAGACGGUCUCUACCGACUACGAUAUGUGCGAUCGCUUGUAUUUCGAAGAGAUCAGCUUGGAAACGGUCUUGGAGGUCUACGAACGCGAGCACGCCAAGGGGAUCAUCCUGGCAUUCGGCGGUCAGGCCCCCAACAACAUCGCCAUGUCGCUAAGCCGGGCGAAUGUGCGCAUCUUUGGAACCUCGCCAGAUAUGAUUGACAGCGCUGAGGAUCGAUUCAAGUUCUCCCGAUUGCUCGAUUCAUUAAAAAUCGCUCAACCACAAUGGAAAAAAUGCGAAGACAUGGAGGACGCAUGGAACUUUUGCUCUUCGGUCGGCUACCCUUGUCUCAUUCGUCCGUCUUAUGUCCUCUCGGGUGCCGCGAUGAACGUCGCACAUGAUGAAGCGGAUUUAGAGAGAUUCUUGAAAAACGCGACGAUUGUUGCAAAAGAUCACCCGGUGGUUGUAAGCAAAUUCAUCAAAAACGCCAAGGAAAUCGACGUGGAUGCGGUUGCGUUGGAGGGCGAUUUGCGGGUGAUGGCUGUGAGUGAGCACGUCGAGAACGCGGGAAUCCACUCCGGUGACGCCACUCUGGUCACCCCACCGGCUGAUUUGAAUGGGCCGACGAUCGAGCGAAUCAAAGAGAUCACUGAGAAAAUCGCACGCGGCCUCAACGUGAAUGGACCAUUCAAUAUGCAGCUGAUUGCCAAGGAUAAUGAGUUAAAAGUGAUCGAAUGCAACUUGCGAGCUUCACGCUCGUUUCCGUUUGUUUCAAAAACGUUGGAUUUCGAUUUUGUCGGUUUAGCGACGAGGGUGAUGAUGUCUGCCGAUAAUCCAUCGAUUCGAGAGGGGAAAUUGAUCCAGAAAGUGCACGGAGUGCUGAGAGGAAAGGGAAGAGUUGGAGUCAAGGUCCCUCAAUUCUCGUUCUCACGCCUUGCUGGAGCUGAUGUGAUGCUCGGAGUGGAGAUGGCUUCAACUGGAGAGGUUGCCUGCUUUGGUCGUGAUCGUUACGAGGCUUAUUUGAAAGCGCUUUUGGCCACCGGCUUUGUCUCGCCAAAGAAAAACAUUUUUAUUUCGAUUGGUGGAGUGGAUCAUAAAAAAGAGAUGUUGCCGAGCGUGCGCGCUUUGAUUUCGAUGGGCUACGAGUUGUGGGCGUCCAAGGGAACGGCCGACUAUUUGCUGGGACAAGAUGUGCCUGUUCACGUCGUCGAUUGGCCUUUCGAGGAGGGGGCAAGCGACGAGAAAACGGCGGCCGGAUCGAGGUCGGUGACCGAGUUCUUCCAGAACAAGGAUUUCCAUCUGAUGAUCAACUUGCCGAUUCGCCGAAGUGGCGCCUACAGGGUAUCGGCUGGACCAACCCAAGGCUACCGUACCCGUCGAAUGGCAAUCGACAACGGGAUCCCAUUAAUCACUGAUAUCAAGUGUGCGAAGAUGUUCAUCGAGGCUCUCCGCAUGAUGGGCCCGCGUCCAGCGAUGUGCUCUCAAUACGAUUGUGUCUCCUCGCGUACACUUCGUCGUUUACCUGGGCUUAUUGAUGUUCAUGUACACGUGAGGGAGCCCGGCGCUACGUACAAGGAGGAUUGGUCCACGUGCUCGCGUGCCGCUCUUUGCGGUGGAAUUACAACGAUUCUAGCGAUGCCAAACACCCAGCCAUCCCUCGUCGACAAGGCUACGUUCGAAUUGACGCAAAAGCUUGCACAUGAGAAAUCCCUGGUCGACUACGCGUUGUACAUCGGCGCAACGGCAACUAACGCUCAAGAGGCCGCACAAUUAGCUUCAUGUGCUGCUGGCCUCAAAAUGUACCUAAACGAGACGUUCUCAACGCUGAAAAUGGAGAACAUCGGUGAUUGGCUACAGCACUUCCGCGCGUUUCCCGCAGGUCGACCGAUCGUUUGUCAUGCCGAGGGACAAACCCUGGCCGCUGUGCUCGCUUGCUCGCAGUUGACUGGACGAGCUGUGCACAUCGCUCACGUGGCCACCGCCGAGGAGAUGGCGCUUGUGAGAGACGCCAAACAGAAGGGCUGGAGCGUGACCUGCGAGGUGUGCCCACACCAUCUUUUCCUCACCGAAGCCAGCUUGCCGUGCGGAGUCAGAGAGGUCCGACCCCGACUCGUGCGAGAGAAUGAUGUGAAAACUCUUUGGGAAAACCUCGAUUAUAUCGAUUGCUUUGCGACAGAUCACGCUCCACACUCGCGCCAAGAAAAGCACAGCGCUGAAAAAGUUCCUCCAGGCUUCCCGGGAGUCGAAUACAUGCUCCCAUUGCUGUUAACAGCCGUCCACGAGGGCCGUCUAACCCUAUCUCAACUCGUUGAUCGUCUUCACCACAAUCCCCGGAAAAUCUUCAAUUUACCCGAGCAAAAGGAUACUUAUAUUGAGGUGGACUUGAGCGCUGAGUGGACGAUUCCCGAGAAUGGUGGCCAAUCGAAAGCCGGCUGGACGCCGUAUGCGGGACGAGCCGUGCGAGGGAAAGUCGUCAAUGUCGUGAUUAGGGGAGAGGAAGCACUGGUUGAUGGAGCCAUUGUGGCCAAAGAGGGCUCCGGGAGGAAUAUUCGACUCACCCCUGAGGGAGCCUCCAUGAGCACUGAAGCUGAACUGGACCUGAUGCGCCGAGAGCUCGAGGAAACCCGUGACGCCCGUGUCUCUUCACAAUCCGAUUCUUCCGAGAGCCCCCUGAUGACUCCGCCACGAGCGCCGUCACCGGCGAAGUUCGCAUGGGCCGGCAAGAAUUUGAUUUCAGUCGAACAUCUCCAAAAACCGAUGCUGAAUCGCAUCCUCGAGUUGGCCGAGCGUUUCCGCAGCGACGUCGAGCGACACCAUCCCAUCAAUCACAUUCUGCAGGGCUACGUGAUGUCCUCCCUUUUCUACGAGGUCUCGACGCGUACCUCAUCCUCAUUUUCGGCCGCCAUGCAACGCUUGGGCGGCACAGUGAUCGCGAUGGACUCGCAAACGUCUUCCGUGCAAAAGGGGGAGACUCUGGAAGAUUCGGUGCAAAUCAUGGGCAACUAUGCGGACAUCGUCGUCAUCAGACAUCCAGAAGUUGGGUCAGCUGAAAGAGCCGCCUCUGUCUGCAAUCAGCCAGUGGUGAAUGCCGGCGACGGAGCUGGAGAGCAUCCCACACAGGCUCUUCUCGACGUGUUCACGAUUCGCCAAGAGUUAGGCUCAAUCAACGGGCUCACGAUUGCACUAGUUGGGGAUUUGCGGAACGGGAGAACCGUGCACUCGCUGGCGAAGCUGCUAUGCAAGUACAAUCGUGUCACCCUUCACUACGUGUCCCCAGUCGCUGAGCUGGGAAUGCCGGAUUACAUUUGUGACUACGUGAACAAGAAUAGUCAAAUCGGAGAGUUUGGAGAGCGGAAUCGAGCCCCUUUUGUGCAGAAAAAGUUCACCGAUCUGGCCGAGGGCAUCAAAAACGUCGACGUGAUCUAUAUGACGAGGAUUCAAAAGGAACGCUUCGCCGACCAAAACGACUACGAACGAGUGAAAGGCGCCUUUGUGCUUACGCCGAAACUUUUGGACGAGGCUGUCGUUGAGAUCGAGACCGACUACAAUGUGCUUGGUCAAACCCACUCGAAGCCGAUCGUGAUGCAUCCACUCCCGCGCGUCGACGAGAUUUCAACUGAGCUCGACCACGAUGAACGGGCCGCCUACUUUAGACAGGCACGAAACGGGAUGUUCGUCCGAAUGGCUGUGCUGACAAUGUUACUCGGAAAAGACCAAGAUAUU